CAAGCUCAGCAUGCUUCAAGAUGAGUGGAAGACGUCAAGAGGAAACUUCCCUGGACUCGCUGUUGUCUGUGCUCGAGGGAGAGCGGACAGCACAGAAAAGACCAGGCUCAGAGCUUCACCUCAAUGUCUAUGAUAUGAUUUGGGUAAAUGACUACACCUCUCGAUUUGGCAUUGGAGCCUUUCACUCUGGAGUGCAGGUCUAUGGUCGAGAGUAUGCGUACGGAGGCCACCCCUACUCGUUCACUGGUGUGUACGAUGUGGAGCCUCAGAGAGCUGUUGAAGUGGCUCCUGGUCUCAAGUUCAGAGAGUCCAUUUAUCUCGGCCACACCCACCUCACAGACAGGGAAGUGGAGGAACUAGUCCUCUCUGUUGGCAAGGAGUUUAAUGGCAAUGACUACCACAUCUUCAACAAGAACUGCAACCAUUUCACUGAUGCACUAUGCAUGAAGCUGAUUGGAGCUCGUACUCCGUCGUGGGUGAAUCGACUUGCUUAUGUUAGCUCCUGGAUGCCGUUCAUUAUCAACUGCCUCCCUCUGUCCUGGAUCACUCCUGGUGGUGUAGAGGUCGAAGGUCAAGAGUCAUCACAGCUAUAUAGCCAGACCCCAGGACGUGGUCGUGCUGUCAUGGAAGCAGGAACAGAAACAAAACAUGACUAAGUUUAUUUGAUACAUUUUAAUCAAUCUCUCUCCUCAUUGUGUUCAUUGUAACUGUUUGUAAGAUAAUUCUGAUCAUUGUUUGUAUAAUUUAUA